GAAGUAUUCAGGACGAUGUGACGUUGCAUUUACCAACUGGCAAACCCCGCAAAUCUGCGGGGUGUCUCUCUCGACACGAUGUUUACCUGUAGGGUACAUGGCUUGCACCUGGUUGAGCUACAAUCUGUCCUGCACGACGGUGUUUGUGUAUUGUCGUGACGAAUCGAGGAUCUCAUACCUGUUGUAGAAGACCAGUUCGCUUUGACCCAACUUCUCAAAAGAUUCGACGUAAUGCACAUAAUCACAAGACUUGCCAUCGCAAGCUGUCUAACACUGACCUUGCAAGCUCAGGAUGCACCCAAACCAUACCUACGAACACCCUCGCCGCGACAAAUAACAUGGCAACAGCGCGAGUACUACGCAUUCAUCCACUUCGGCCCCAACACCUUCACGGAUGAAGAAUGGGGCCGCAGCCAAAGCACUCCCGACGUCUUCGCUCCAACAACGCUGGACACCGACCAAUGGGCCGAAUCGUUCGCCCGCGCGGGAAUGGCGGGCAUGAUAUUGACAGCGAAACACCACGACGGAAUGGCGCUCUGGAAAACCAACUCGACGACCUAUAAGAUCGACAACGGGAAAUGGGCCAAGGACCGCGCCGCUAAAGGUCUCGAAACAGACGUCGUGCGUAUGGCCGCGGCGUCAGCGAAAAAGUAUGGGAUUGAUUUCGGUAUCUACUUGUCGCCUUGGGAUAUCCAUCGUGACCCAGCCAUGCCUAAGGAGCAUUUGGCUGGUACGAUCUACGCGGAACCGCAGAUCUUUGGAGACAGCAGCCCAGGCGACUACAAUGAGCUUUACGUCCAACAACUGACAGAACUUGUGACGAUGAAACACGAUGACGGCUCACCGGUUGAGAUCUUUGAAAUAUGGCUCGAUGGCGCGAGUGGAUCGAACACAGUCCAAACGUUCAACUGGACGGCAUUCCGCGACAUCAUUCGACAGCACCAGCCCAACGCAAUCAUGUGGGGACACCAAGGUGUAGAUGCUCGCUGGGUGGGCAAUGAAGACGGUGUCACAGUCGCGACGAACUGGCACACAAUCAAUCGCACUCAAGACGACAAACGCUACAGCGAAAGCGAGCUCCAGACCGGAAUGCGCGAUGGAACGUAUUGGACGCCUGCCGAGGCUGAUGCGCGUAUUCGCGACGGCUGGUUCUAUCAUGCGAACGAGAAGCCGAAGACAGCGGACGCGCUUAUGAAAAUGUACUUGCAGUCUGUGGGUCAAAGUGUCAAUCUACUGCUCGAUGUUCCGCCGGACAGAACGGGCAAGAUCGAUGCUGUGGAUGCGGAGGUGCUGCUUCAGUUCAAAGCGCAGCGAGAUCGGUUCCUGAAUCGAGGGCUUCUUAAGCCAGGGUUCGUGGUGAAUGCUAGCAGUGUGCGCGGUGGCGGUUCGUCUACAUUCGCUGCGGCUAACGUACUGACGAACGAUAAGACAUAUUGGACGAUGGACGAUAAUAAGAGGGUUGGGUCUUUGACUGUUGACUUGGGCGCUGAUGCGCUUGUCGAUGCUUUCAUUGUCCAAGAACAUGUGACGUUGGGCCAGCGUAUCGGCGCAUAUGCAGUUGAUGCGAUGAUCAAUGGCUCUUAUAAGGAGGUCGUUCGAGGCACAUCGAUGGGGUAUAAACGUAUCCAUCAGCUCACGUCUGCUGUACGAACUAGACAACUUCGCCUACGGAUUGAGCAGGCGAAUGCUGUACCAUUGAUUCAAUAUUUCCAGGCUCUAGGGACGAGCUCAUGAAAGGACUAGUUUCUGUGAGGCGUGUAAUGAGUAUUACCGCAGAAUGUCAUCUCAGCUUCCAUCGAAGCUGGUUGCCUUGAAUAUUUGACGGCAUACAUAUGAUUAGCAUAUCACGGAAAGUAUAUAAGAGAUAUUGAUUCGUCACAUCUGCAAAGGCCAUUGGGACAAUCAUAGAACAGGC